AUGUUGUUAGUAUUAAGCAUCAGCGAUGCAAUUUUUUGCGACAUUCCAAUUGCGAUUCAUUUCUGUACUGACAUACUGACUGGGCUUACUCGGAUGCAGCAUUUCUUGGAACGUGAUGAUUUUAUGGAAGUCACGAUUAAUGGAAAUAAAUUUUCUGGAUGUGAACAUUCUGUAGAAUUAAUUGAAAAGUCAACGGAAGAAAUGGAUCUUUCCCGUAGCUAUACUCCUUACGUUUGGCUAGAGACUGCGUCAUGUACUAUAUUCCCGCUAGACGUUUCAGAUCUUCAAGAAAAUGGCGUUCCACUCCUAAAGGACAUUUCGUUUAAAAUAUCAUCAAAGGGAUUGGUUAUUAUUACGGGUUCAAUUGGCAGUGGAAAAUCUUCGCUGCUGGCAAGUAUUCUUAACAAAGAACUUCAUAUUACCAAGGGAACAGUAAAGCAUUUAGGAAACAUUGCCUAUGUCUCAGAUAUUCCUUGGGUAUUUCCAGGAACCAUUCGUGAGAAUAUAUUAUUUGGUUCAGCAUAUGAUGAAAAGUGGUACUUGGAAACCGUCAGAGCAUGUCAAUUGGAAGAAGAAUUUAAGAGAUUCCCGGAACAGGACUUGUCUCGUAUUGGAGAACAUGGUGCAACAUUAAGUGGUGGACAACGGACACGUCUCGCCAUGGCACGCGCGGUUUACUCACGGGCGGAUAUAUAUCUAAUGGAUGAUCCUUUAAGUUCUCUAGAUGCAAAAGUUUCAGAAAAUAUUUUUAAGAAAGUUUUUAAAGGAAUGUUAUCUGAGCGGAUUAUACUCUUAGUCGGGCACAAAUAUUUAAAUGAAGCUGACUACAUCAUAAAGUUAAAUGAAGGUACAGUAGAAUAUUUGAAUCAUAAUUACAUUAAUUAGAACUAAACUAUAAUUGUUUGCGUUUGAUACUACUUAAAUUACUAUAAUUAUUUGUACUUAUUGCAUAGUUGCUCUACAUUAAAAAGUUAAGAGGAUUCGAGAAACGUUUAAAAGUUUAAGACCGUUACGUUUCUGACUUGAAUCGUAUCGUACCAAAGGGUAGAAUAUUUUUUGGUCCCUGACCACUAGUGUGGAACUAAUGAUUUGGACAGCUAUGAUACGAUACGGUUGAAGUGGAAAACGCGCUGAAUUCUUAAAAUGGCAAAUUGCUGCAUACUAUGCGAUUAUUUUAUAGUAAUAUCUAUCCAUAUUUUAUUCUCAUUUCAUUCUCCUCAGUAUUAUCUUGAUGAACACCCAUGGCAAAUUGCCCUGUAAGGUCUAAAAAUAUGAAGUUUUGCACGAUUUUCUCUUGAAAGUUUUGUUAUGCAUAAAAGUUUACUCCCAGGGAAAUGUUGUUCUUAAAUUUUUGCCUAUGGCGAAUAUUUUGCCCCAAAAGCCAAAUAGUCCCUGUCUCACUAAAUUGAUUAAUGUUGAAAAUCACUGAAUUUUCAAUGUUACUGUUGCAAAGAACUCUCGAGAUUGCGGUGAUACAUUGUGCAAUAAUGUACGCGAUCAACUCCCCAAACGAUACGGGAUUCGUAUUUUAAUAGUAAUUCCAGCCCUCUGACCCUGUCUUCACCAUGUUGGCUAAUGUCGUCAUCUAUCUGACUGGCACAUGAUUUGCCAUGGUACAAUACGAAAUCACUUUUUGUAAUAAUGAUAUACUAAAUUAAAGCUUUUAAAUUCACAAGGGCACUAGAUUGGAGGGUAGUUACAAUUACGAAAUAACAUGUAUAUAACGCGUGCGCUGAUUGGUCGAAACCCGUGUUUGGAUCAGGCCAUCCGAACACGGAAAUUUAAAGUUAAAGUUUUGAAAGUGAAAUUUCAACACGGAGAGUUGUUAUUUUAUAAAACAAUUAUUUUAUGGUUUCCGUGUUUGGAUGGCCUGAUCCAAACACUUGGUAAUGUUGCUCGAAUUAACAAAAACGCGCAAAAUCACGCGCCUUCGGCUCGUGUUUCGCGCGCUUUUCUGAUCUCUCGCAACAUUCCCGCGUGUUUGGAUCAGGCCAUUCAAACACGUAAACCCAUAAAGUAAUUGCAUGUUGAACUUUAUAAUGGGAGAAUGGAUUCAUUUUAAACCAGUAGCGUGAAAAAAAUAUGUUUGCGAAUUUAUCAAAAAUGAACUAUUUGUAUUGGGGAUUGAUCCAAGGUAUAAAAUAGAACCUAUAUGAUAAUUAUAUACGCAGCAAAAUUAAUUGAUUAAAAUUUAAUAGGAUUUAAACAUUUCUGUAACCUGUUAAAAAAAAAAGUAGAUAAUAAAGAUUCUAAUCUUUUCUUCAGGUACAGUUGUGGCUCAGGGGCCUGUGGAAGAAAUGCUGAACCAGAUGCCCGAGAUUGAAACUCCUGAGAAUAAAGAAAACAGAAUAAAAGAAACUGAUAAAGAACGUCCAGAUGUUGAAGACAAUGAUGAUCUUACACAAGUUGAACAGUUACGUGAAGCUAAAGAGGACCGCCAGGUUGGAAAUGUUUCCUUCAAAGUUCAUGCAACAUAUUUCAUGCAUGGUGCCCCAGCGUCGAUUCUUUUCUUGGUUUUAAUUGCAAUUGGAGCAGCACAAG